AUGGCUAAUUUUACUAUGAGUGGAUUUCUUCUGAUGGGAUUUUCUGCUACGCCUGAGCUAGAACUCGUCCAUGCGUCUCUGUUCUUAGUCAUAUAUGUGAUGGCGUUAAUUAGCAAUAUUCUUAUUAUCACCGCAAUUUCCUUGGAGAGUACUCUCCACUCACCGAUGUAUUUCUUCCUGAAACAUCUCUCCUUCCUGGAUCUGUGCUACAUUUCCGUGACUGUGCCAAGGUCUAUUUACAACUCUUUCAUGCACAGUGGCUACAUUUCGCUCGGGGAAUGCAUGGUACAGUGUUUUGCUUUCGUUCUUUGUGCAGUUGCUGAGAUAUCUAUGCUCACGGUGAUGUCUUAUGACCGCUAUGUGGCCAUCUGCCGUCCACUGAGCUACGAAAUCAUCAUAGAUGUCCGCACCUGUGUCCGAGGAGUCCUGGGGGUCUGGAUCAGUGGGGUUAUUUCAGGGGCUAUGCAAACAGCGACCACUUUCUCCAUGCAAUUCUGUGGCUCUCAUGUCAUUCACCAGUUCUUCUGUGACAUCCCCCAGCUCAUGAAACUCUCCUGCUCUAAUAGGUAUAUCAGCGAGGUUGGCGUCAGUGCCUUCUUGUCUUUGGCGGGCUGUCUUUGUGUCACGUUUAUUGGAGUGUCCUACACAAAGAUAUUCUCUACUGUGCUGAAGAUGACAUCUGUUGAGGGCAGAGCUAAGGCUUUUUCUACUUGCCUUCCCCACCUCACUGUGGUCAUUUUAUUCAUGUCAACCGGAAUCUUUGAGUUUCUCAAGCCACCUUCUGACUCUCCAAGUGCUCUGGACCUUUUUCUCACUAUUAUGUACACUGUUGUGCCCCCAACUCUCAACCCAAUGAUCUAUAGCUUGAGAAACCAAGCCAUAAAAGCUGCUCUCAAAAAGGUUUUUCAAGGAAGAAAAGCUGACCUCUUUUGCUGA